CCGCCCCGCCCCCGCGCGCUCACAUGAGGCGCGGGCGCGCGCCGUAGCAGCUGGGCCUACGCGCCGAGGAGUUUAUCCAGAGAUUCCUGCCUCGGGAGCUCCAGAUUGUCCGUACCCUGGACCACAAGAACAUCAUCCGAGUGUAUGAGACGCUGGAGUCUGCAGACGGGAAAAUCUACCUGGUGAUGGAGCUGGCUGAAGGAGGGGAUGUCUUUGACUGUGUGCUGAAUGGGGGGCCACUGCCCGAGAGCCGGGCCAAGGCCCUCUUCCAUCAGAUGGUCGAGGCCAUCCGCUACUGCCAUGGCUGUGGUGUGGCUCACCGGGACCUCAAGUGCGAGAACGCUUUGUUGCAGGGCUUCAACCUGAAGCUGGCAGACUUUGGCUUCGCCAAGGUGUUGCCCAAAUCAUGCCGGGAGCUGAGCCAGACCUUCUGCGGCAGCACAGCCUAUGCUGCCCCAGAGGUACUUCAGGGUAUUCCCCACGAUAGCAAGAAGGGUGACGUCUGGAGCAUGGGCGUGGUCCUGUACGUCAUGCUCUGUGCCAGCCUACCUUUUGAUGACACAGACAUCCCCAAGAUGCUGUGGCAGCAGCAGAAGAGGGUGUCCUUCCCCACUCAUCUGGGCAUCUCGGCUGAAUGCCAGGACUUGCUCAAGCGGCUCCUGGAACCAGACAUGAUCCUCCGGCCUUCAAUCGAAGAAGUCAGUUGGCAUCCAUGGCUAGCAAGCACUUGAUAAAAGCAAUGGCAAGUCCUCCCCAGUAAAGUAGGGGGAGAAAGCAAACCCAAAAACCCACUUCUAAAAUGGUGAUAUAUAUUUUACACUUUAUUUACUUAUCCUAAAACUUACCUACACCCUCUCCAGCCUUACUUCUCUUUCCCUUUAAAGAUCUUCAUGGAACCAGAGGGCCUCAUUCAGACUUCCCUUUUAUUACAGCUGACAAGUGAUUUUCAUACAGGUGUUUAACUAAAGUUAAUUAAAAACAGACCCCAGAAUCAUACACAUACAGGCGAAGGAGAGGAGAAAAAUGACCAAGAGCAACUGGAACCACUGUUGUUGCAACUUCCUUUCCAAAUAAAAGCAGAAGCGUUGGGAAUGCAGUAACGGCCUCUUGACUCCUUGUCUUGGUGAGAGGCCUGUUGGGGGCCCUGUCCCUUUCUCAUCCCAAAGGCCAAGGUGAGCCUGGGAUGAGGACAAGGGACUUCCUCAGAACCCAGGCUACCUCCCAUCCUAACUCCCAGGCUCCAAGCAGGAAGCCACCCUGCACAUAGUGUGUUUUCUGCCCUGGCUCUGGGGCAGCUGCCGUAGGGUACAAGAACGGAGCCCCAGACACCUUCCAGCUUCUGUUGAAUCUCUUUAAUAGCUGUUAACGGCAAGUCUGGAAAAGGUUCAGGACAAAGUUCUUUUUUCUUUCUUUUUUAAUUACAAAACUAACAGCUGUUAGAGUCUUUUUUUUUUCCUUUUUUCUUUU